GAAAACAGCGAGCCGCCGCCCGGCUGCGCUUAGAUGGAGCAAGCGGAGCCCGCGCGGCGCGGGCAGCAGUAAGCGGCUAAACGGCCGGACCUCACAGACUCGCCAUGGAGGAGGAGAGUAUGAAGGAGGGGAGCGAGAAGCCUCGUGGAGCACGGACAGCAGACAAGGCUGGCUGGAUCAAGAAGAGCAGUGGAGGGCUCCUGGGUUUAUGGAAGGACCGCUACCUGCUCCUCUGCCAAGCCCAGCUGCUGGUCUACGAGAAUGAGGACGAGCAGAAGUGUGUCGAGACGGUGGAACUCGGAAGCUAUGAGAAGUGCCAGGACCUUCGUGCUGUCCUCAAGCGGAAGCACCGCUUUAUCCUGCUGCGAUCCCCCGGGAACAAGGUCAGUGACAUCAAAUUCCAGGCCCCCAGUGGAGAAGAGAAGGAAUCCUGGAUCAAAGCCCUCAACGAAGGGAUCAACCGGGGCAAGAACAAGGCUUUUGAUGAGGUAAAAGUAGAUCAGACCUGUGCCCUCGAGCAUGUGACACGGAACCGGGUUCGUGGGGGUCAACGGCGCCGGCCACCAACAAGAAUCCACUUAAAGGAGGUAGCCAGUGCGGCUUCUGACGGGCUUUUGCGCCUGGACCUCGAUGUCCCGGACAGUGGACCACCAGUGUUUGCUCCUGUCAGUGAAGCAGAUGAAACUCAGCCCCAGGAGCCACCCCGGGCUCUCAUGCCUCCUGCCAAGCCCUCCCCGGUACCCGAGACUUCCAGCGCUGAUGACAGCAUGGAGACUCCUGCAGGAGAGAGAGGCCCGACUCCUGUCUCAGCAGGCCCCGAGGCCAAUCCUGAGAGUCCAGAAGAUGCGGAGACCCCAGCAGAGGAGGACAGUGACUUUAAGAGGCUCCCUAACAGCACAUUGUCUGAGAAACUGAAGGUGAGCUGGGAGAACCCCAGUCCAGAGGAGUCUUCUGCUCUUGAGAAUGCCCAGCUGCCCAAGGUGCUGUCCUCGGAGACUCCAGAGACUGCCCCCAGGGAGAGCAAAAAACCCCCUGCACCCCCUCCCAAGAUCCUUUCAGAGAAGAUGAAGGCCUGUAUUAGUGGGGUGGAUGCUUCUGGUCCAUCCCAGAGUUCUGAGGCCCCUGAGACCACUGCUUCAGGCCCAACACAGGUCUCUGUGAAUGGCAUGGAUGACGGUCCUAAGUCUUCAAUGGGCACCCCCGGAACUGCUGCUCCACAGGAGACAAGAGCAGCCCCAGCACACCCCUCCUGGGACUUGCCAUCCCAGUUUCAUCCUCGCUCCUCUUCCCUUGGGGACCUACUCAGAGACGGGCCUCAGCAUGCACAGCUGCCCAAGGAAAAGUUGUAUCGGGCCCAGCUGGAAGUGAAGGUGGCCUCGAAACAGACAGAGCAGUUGCUGAACCAGGUGCUGGGCAGCGAACCACAACCUGUAUGUGCUGAGUCCUUGCUCAGCCAGGCUGUGGAGCAGCUGAGGCAGGCUACCCAGGUUCUGCAGGAAAUGAGGGAUUUGGGAGAGCUGAACCAAGAAGCGCCUGGGCUAGCACAGAAACGGAAGGAGCUGGUGACCCUCUACAGGAGAAGUGCACCCUAGGCCUGCCAAGCCCGAGGCACAAGCUCACCUACACGCACGUCACUGCCUAGCCUUGCUAAGAAAUGAGCUACAGCACAGACUGUGGACACAUCAUCGGAGCCUUCAAGUUUGGCCAGGCCUUGAAGCUCCUGAUGUCCUUUCUACCCUACCCUGGCUAGUGGUGCCAGGUAUCACCUAGGGCUACCUGGCAGGCUACCUGGCCGGCUCCCUGUUCCGGCCUCUUUCCCAGGCUCUGGGCUUAGGAUGGAGCACAUACUCCUGUGGUCUUUGUGGUUGUUGCAAACUGCCUCAGGCCUUUGGCACCAUGCUUGGAGUUUCCGGGAUGGCAUCAUCUCGGUUCUCACCCCAAUAGUUUACAUUCCUGACUUCUGUGGAGAGCACAGCUGAGCUGCCUGAGGCUCCCAUCUCCUGCUCAUCAGGCAGCUUCCAACCAGCCACACCCACUUGGAGUAGCUAUAGGGACCUUGGGUCCAGGCUGACAGGUCAUCUGUCAGCUGAGUGAAAUCUGGCCCUUAGCUGGAGCCUAAAGAGGGGUAAGCGUUUGGGUGAUGGAGCCAUUUGCUCUGCAAACCGGAUCUUUCCGGCAGUGUCCCUUCCCCUCUGGAGAGCUGUCAUUAGAUGGUCAGAUCUCAAGGCUUUCAGGGGAGAAGAGGAACGCCAGCCUCCUGGUGCAGUCUCUGCUCCCAGGCCAGCUUCUAUCCAGCCUUGCACAGUUCCGAAGAUGAAAACCCUAGAGUGUGGCCUGUGUUACCAUCGGAAAAACCUGUAUGCAAUUAUCAUUAAUCAACCUUCACAGGCCUCUGCCCCCACCCCCGCCUCCUGUGCCUCCCAGAUGGGAUUUAUCUGGGUCUCUGUGGUUCUUCCUCAGCUGAGACAUGCUCUGAUAUCCACCCCCUUUCCUUCACAUGCUGGAGUCUGUGACUACAACCCACCUCUCAGGCCCCUGGUGGGCUGCCCCUCCUUUCUUAAUGAGAGGAGUGUUUUCUCCCCUCGCCUUCCUCCCUCCCUUCCCCAUCGCCUCUGGCUCUGGGGGCUACCCUAGAGUCUUCAACCCACUGCGGCAGCCAGCAGGACUGAGGCUGGAGCCUGGGCUGGGGACGCUGGGGGAGGAGCCCUCACCUGGGAUCUGCAUGUGCACUUUUGUUUACUGGAAGAGAAGGGAGGGUCACAGCAGCCAGUGGCCUUUCCACUCAUCCUGCUCCCAGCCACCAGUUGUGCCCACCGAGGCCUGCCGGCCUGUGCAGGCUAAUGCCUUCAUUUCUGUGCUGUCACUGCCUUGCUGUGGGUCGCAGUGAGUGGCAGAGCCAACAGCAAUGUCUGGCUCCUGAGCCCCCCCCACACUGUCAGCCUCAAGCCACACUCCUGGGGCUCCUAUGCCAGCCUGCCUGUCCCUCCAUCUCCUGUACAAGAACAAGAAUGUCUUUAGGUGUCCAGUCCUGAUUCCUUGCCAUCGUCCCUUGAGAACAAUCGCCUUCUACAGCAGCAAGAAGGCUGCUGGACUUCUGCCAAGUCACCUGCUUCCAGGAAUUAGAGCCCCAGUCUGUGCUGUCAAGUGAUUAGUUGGGCAAGCAGUCCUGGGGUUACUACCUUAAUGGCCAAAUGCCACUGGCUCCCUUGCUGGAGGGGUGGGUUGGGGAUGGGGACUGUUCAGGGCUGCCUCCCUGUCACUGCGGAAGGAGGCGUCCAGUGUCUUCUGCUUAUCAACCAUCUUUCUUGAAAUUUGGCAAUAAAUCUCAUUUUAUGGAA